AUGCGGCAUUGCGGCGAAUAUCCACAAUAUCUGGAACUUUUCUCGAAGCAUGAAAUCACGGGCCGUGCGCUGCUCCGCAUCAACGAUUAUUCCCUACAACGUAUGGGCAUCAGUCACAACGGCGAUCGGGAGGCCAUUUUCCGUGAGAUACUAAAACAACGACUCAAAACUGAUAUUAUGGAAAUACGUGAUAUGGAACGUGAAAUCAAUACCUAUUACAACACCAGAUAAAGUAACUUAAAUUAACUGAGUAUUAGGGAAAUCAUAGGCAAUUUAAGAAAACCUAUUAUGUAAUAGAAAGAGAAAUUUUGUAACGCGCGUUAUGGGUAUUGCAGCAAAGGGCCUCAUGGCGCAUCUAAAUGCACACAAAUUUUCUGCUAGCGAUAUUUGAAUACACAUACCUAUAUAACGUUACCUUAAUUCACAAAGCUCCUAACCAACACUUUUCAAAACUGCGUUUUCACAGAUUUUGGUAGGGUCAUCCUACUAGAAUGCAUUAAAAUAUACCUUCAAUCAAAAUUUUAA